CCCCCUUGUUGGGCUCUUCUUUCCUUGAGGAAAAAACGCACAUAUAUGUUCUCAAAACGUAAACAACGCGAACAAAAAUGUUUCUUCAUUAGCCUAUCCCACAUUUAUUUAGAUUCAUCUUUGAACUUUUGAAGCUUGGAAACUUUGGAAACUGAUCCCCUUGUGUCUCACCCCCAAGCCAUCAGCCAUAACUAAUUGUUAGAAAGGGAAAAGUUAGACAUUUUUGAAUAAAAAAUGGACCAAGAACAAGCCCAAGUGUUAUUCAGUGAAGGAGCAGUUCUGGUAUUUUUAGAUGUUCCUGUAGGUACCGAGUUUGGUAUAGAUUAUAAUUCAUGGAAUGUUGGACCAAAUUUUAAAGGAGUGAAAAUGAUACCGCCAGGAAUUCACUUUGUAUAUUAUAGUGCAUGUAACAGUGAAAAGGAUUCUGCCCCACGGACUGGUUUCUUUUAUAACUUUAAACAUAGAGAAAUGGUUGUAAGAAAAUGGGACAAGUUGACAGAAGACAUAUCAUCUGAUGUAGUAACAGAAGAGGAAUUAAACAGGUUUAAAGAAAAUAAAAAAGAGUUAGACAGAUAUUUGGGUGCUUAUCCAUAUGAAAGUUACAAGAAAUGGGUUUCUCUAACAGAUCAUCUUACACCACGGUUAGUUGGUCAACUUCAGCCUGCUAAUGAAAAAAUAUCAGCAGUCACAGAGUUCAUCUCAGAAAGUAGUACAACUGAAACAAGGCGUAAUGCCAUGGAAAUUCAAGAUGGAAUUAAAAACUCUGAUAGUGAAGAUACCAGACUACCCAAGAUGGAAACAAAACCUGAAACAGUAAUACAAUAUACACAGAUUCCAAAACACAAAUAUCCCUCUGGUGCUUCCCCAGCUGAAAUAACCAAAUACAGCAUGGAUUCCUCUUAUGUUUUGGAGACCAUAUUAUCUGAAAGAUUCACAGUGAAUGAUACAGAAAUAUUGGGAGAACUUCAAUUUGCAUUUAUUUGUUUUAUUGUUGGACAGAAUUAUGACUCUUUUGAACAGUGGAAGAGGCUUGUUCAUUUAUUGUGUACUUGUGAAGAAGCAAUUUCAAACCAUUCGGACCUUUAUACACAGUUUAUUUCAAUAUUGCAUUUUCAGUUACAAGAAAUUCCCGAAGAUUUUUUUGUAGACAUUGUUUCACAAAAUAACUUUUUAACUGGAACAUUACAGGAAUUCUUCUCUAACCUCGAGUCAAGUAUUGCAGAUAAUAAAUUGAAAAGACGAGGUGUUAAGUUUCAGGCUUACCUAACUAAAAUAUUUAAAUGGGAUUUUGCUAGUGAAGCUGAUGAAUAUGCACCAGUUAUUGUUGAAGCCCAAUAAAAUUUUUAUUUACAGUAA